GAAGCCCAGGUUCUCCCCUGGCUGACCCCAGGGGUCCAUCCUGCACCGGCCGGGGGCCCUGGCCUUGGGCCCCAGGUGCCGGCCCCUCUGGCCUGUGACGGUCCGCAGCUGGAUGGAGCCAUGGCUCCCACGCUGCUCCUCCUGCUGCUCCUGCUGUGGCUUCAGGGCUGCGUCUCAGGUGUCCCCGCCGAGAGCGUGUACUCCAAAGUGCAGCAUUUUGAAGGGGAGACUCUGUCUGUGCAGUGCUCCUACAAGAACCGCAAAAAACACGUGGAAGGCAAGGUUUGGUGCAAAAUCAGGAGGAAGAAGUGUGAGCCUGGGUUUACCCGGGUCUGGGCGCCGGGGCCGCGCUACCUGCUACAGGACGAUGCCCAGGCCAAGGUGGUCAACAUCACCAUGGUGGCCCUCAGGCGCCAGGACUCGGGCCGGUACUGGUGCAUGCGCAACAGCUCCGGGAUCCUCUACCCUCUGAUGGGCUUCCAGCUGGAAGUGUCUCCAGUCCCCACAGCCGAGAGAAGCACUCCUCUCACCCAGCUGACCGACAUCCUCAAGAGUGGAGUUGUCGUCACAACGGGCCACAUCCCUACCUCAGGCCCCGGGGCCCCCUUCACCACCAGCGUGACGAUGCUCACACCCGGGGUCCUCACCUUGGCCAGACUCGUGCCCUCCCCGGCCUCGGGGACCAUCAGGCUGAGCUCCGUGACAGGCUACAGCUUCACCAGCCCCUCCACCCCGGGGCCCAUGAGGAACAAGGCCCAGACAGUGACCACGUCUCCCAGCAACGCCAGAGCCUCCUCAGCGGCCCCCGCAUCCGUCUCCACCGAGGCCGGGCCGCUGCGCACCACAUCGCCCACCAUGAGAAUGUGCCGCACCAGCAGGUCGCUCCUCAACAAAUUAUCUCCCAUCAGGCCCCGGGCUGCCCGGGCUGCUAACCCCACUGUGCUGGCGGGGGUGCUGUCCUUGCUCUCGGUGCCUGUGAUGAUGAUCGCGGUCUAUGGCUUCUGGAAGAAGAGACACGUGGGCAGCUACAGCAUCUGCAGGAGCCCUGCCAGGCCCUGGAGGGCCCCCCCUGGAAGGCCGGAGCCUCCGUGGAAGCCUGCAUGGUUUAAGGCCACUUAUGGAGUGGGGGAGCUUUUCCCCGAGGGACCCCAGGAAGUCACAGAAGUGAAGAUGGGGACCUGUCUGGAUUGGAGCCAGGUUGGGGGGUGAGGACUUGUACAUGCAUGGGCUCAGGGCUCCCUAACCUGAGGCUGCUCCUCACUCGCCCAGUCCCUGGCUGCCAGGAGCCUGGGGAGGGGCCCCCAAGAGGGUACUUCACAGGAAGCCAGGAAGCCCCUGACGGAAUCUGCUCAGAGCCCGGCCCCAGCUGCCUGGUGCUGUUUACAGACAAAGCCUCAGCUCCCACGGCCUCCGGACCCCUGCCGUCCAGCAGAGGGGAGAGGAGCGAGAUGGACAGCAUCCCUCUCCCCACCGGGACCCUGUGUCCUCAGCUGCCCUCUGCUCCCCUCCAGCUUCCCCAUGAACGUGGGGAAGAAAGUCCCAGAGGCAGCAGGUCCCAGCGGCCCCCCUGGAGGAGGAGGAGAAAGUGACUAAGAGCUGGGGGUCCCAGAGGCAUCGGCAGCAGGGGCCCCAGAGCUGUCCAGCCCGGCCCUGCGGCCAUGUACCCUCCACUGACCUCCCAUGUGCAAUCGCCAGGCUGCUGGUCCCUCAAGUCCUGGGAGCCAGCAGAGACCACCCUCUCACUGCUGCCACCUGCUGGCCAGCCCCUCCUGGGACAGGUGUGAUGGGCAGCUGAGAGCCCCCCUCAGUGGCAGGACCAGCCUGACCCCAGACUGGGGUGCAGAGGCUGAAGUCAAGACUGUCUCCCCAAUCCCACCUGGGCUGCAGGUCUGAGCUCUGAAGGCCCUUCAGAGUCCCCUGAAGGGGGACCACAGCUCAGUGAGGGGGGAUUGCCACCCCCAACACCCUCCCUCCCAGGGUGUCCUCCCCUGGGGAGAGAGAAGCCACUGUGACACAGGGAGACAGAUCAGAGCUCCCACAGCACAGGACUGCCUGGUGGGGGUGGGCGGGGCCAAUGGGGCAGAUGCAGCCCAGG